AAGUCGAACAGUUUGCUCGUCUGAAGGACAUAGGAAACGGGACUCUAGUGGCCGAAUAUGACUGGUAUAUUGACAACAUCUUUAUGCUUUUGCAUAUGUCACGAUCUCCACAAGGACACACUAUUGUCGGACCACAAUUCUAUACUGGCCAACCUGGUUAUAAUGUUAAACUGAGUUUAACUACCGGUCGCAUCAACCCAACUGACGGUUUGCCCUAUUUAGGUGUUUGGUUUACUCUCGUGCGGGGAAAGUUUGACGAUGUUGUAGAAUGGCCCUUUCAGUAUAAAUUUAAUUUGACUUUAGUGGACCAAUCCUUCAGCCAUAAAGAAGAUAUCCAUCUAUCUAUGAACCCCAUGACUGCCAUCUGUCGGCUAUUAAAGCAAUUUUUACGGCCAAAAUUUGAAAAACGGGAAAGUGGUGGAUGUGGUAAAGCUUUCUUUGUGCCACAUAAAAACUUACUGGAUCGCAGUCGUUAUCUUAAAAACAACAGCGUCCAUUUGCGAGUAACUGUCUUUCUGGAGGAUCGAGGAGCCAUUCCAAAGCGAGCUAAAGCUUACAUGCGUGGCCACCAAUUCGUAUCGGAAUAUUUAUGGAAAAUUGAAGACAUUGACAGAAAAAUUGAACUUUCAAAAAAAGGUUUGUUAAGCACUAUAACAAGCGAUUUAUUUUAUGUAAAUAGCGAAAGUUAUCUGAUGGUUCUUCAGCUUACACUGAAUCCAGAAGACGAGCAUCUUGGAUUGUUUGCCACUCUUGUUCCAGGAGAUUUUGAUGAUGCUCUGGAAUGGCCUUUUGCUUAUAACUUUGAACUUUCUGUAGUGGAUCAAUCACCUGGAUACCUCACCUUAGAUCGGAAAGGAAUCGUUGACCCGACUUCUGGUAUUUGUUCACUAAGUGCUUUUACCAAGCCACAGUAUCAACCGAAUAUACCGUGUGGUUUUCGUCGUGUGAUCACAUUCGGUAUGCUAGAUAGCCGAAAUUUUAAAAAGAAUGGAAACGUUUUAGUCAAGUUCACGGUUAUCUUGGAUCAAAUGCCAAAUUUUGCUUCGGUAUCAGUAAAAGAUUCACACUUGGUUGCCGAAUAUGUUUGGAAAAUCCCAAAUAUUGAGCGUAAGUUUCAACUGGGAAAAACAGGUCGCUUGACCAACCUUUUAAGUGAACGCUUCUAUACAACUGACCAAGGUUACCUCAUGCAACUUCAAGUAAAGUUUCAAAACGACAGCAGUGGAUACCUUGGCUUGUACUUAACUUUACUGGAAGGAAACUAUGAUUCAUUAUUAGAAUGGCCCUUUGUCAAAAAGUUUGAACUAGUCGUAAUAGAUCAACAACCAACUGUAAUUCGAGAAGAUGUUGUCGUGCCAGUUGAUCCAAAUAACCCAUAUAUUACCAACGAGGCUUGUGUUGGUUCCUUCUGGCGUCCUGUGGGGCGAAAUGACGCAUGCGGUUCAGCAAAAACUGUUGACUACGAUACCCUCUACUCGAAAAAAUACAUGCGUUAUGGUGCUUUGCUAGUGAAAGUUGUUGUAUUUCUGGAAGAAAUCUAUCCACCAAAGUUCGCUUCAUUAUCAAUAAAGGCGGGCAGCUUAGUCGCAGAAUUUGACUGGAAAAUCAGUAACAUUGAUGAGCACAUUGUGAAAGCAGAUCGUGAGCAGUUUUUAGAUAGUGAUAAGUUUUAUUUAACCAAUAAUCGCCACAGGAUGAUGCUUCGUCUAUAUCCAGAAAAAACGCCUGGUUAUAUUGGCUUAUAUGCAGUAUUAACCAAAGGAAUAUAUGAUGAAGAUUUGGAAUGGCCUUUUAAUUAUAAAUAUCAGCUUACCGUUGUAGACCAAUUGGAAAAUGGCCCCUGUGUGGAUAUUUCACGAACUACUUAUCCCACAACAAGUUCUAGUGGUUGUCCGUCCAUGGCGUUCCUGAAACCUGCCCACGAUCUAGCAGAAUGGAGCUGUGGAGAGGGCCGCAUGAUCAGCCACAAGACCCUUAACACCCGGGGAUACAAAAACAAUGGUACAAUGAGAGUUAGAAUUACUGUGUUUUUAAAAGAGAUAGUCAAUCAGAUCGCUACAAUCUCUUUUCACCAGAACAGCAUUGUUUCAGAAUAUUCUUGGCUCGUAGAGAAUAUCCAAGAUAAGAUUUCUUUACAGAAAUCAAAAGAAUUGAAUAAAAUCGAAAGUCCUUUAUUUUAUACAGACAACCAGGGUUAUGCAAUGAGAGUAACUUUAGUUCUAAACAACGUGAUCACGCCUCUCCAAUCUUUGGCAAAUCACAGAGAAGAAUAUGUUUUGGGUUUGUAUCUGACCAUUCACCGUGGUCGACAUGAUGCUGUCUUGAGAUGGCCGUUCUCUAAAAGUAUUCUACUGACCGUGGUAGAUCAGGCAUAUCUUGGGAGAGACUUGGUUAAGGUCAUUGACCCUCAAAAUACAAAGUGUCCAGUGCAUGCCUUUAUGCGACCACGAGAGAUUCAUAACGAACAUUCUUGUGGGUUCGGUGCUCUGAUGCCUUUAGAACGUGUCUCAGAUUUCACCCAAGAUGGAGCUUUAUUAAUAAGGACGUCCAUAGUUACUGGUCAAAUAAUUAAAUAA